GAGGCUUGUCCGUGUGUUCGCUUGCCUCCAUCGAUCCGCGGAAAUGUCGUGAAAACCUGGCCUUUGAACUGAAGUCUCAUGACGAUCGGUCAUGAGCGAGCUGUUGUUAGUCCCGCCCGCACGCAGGGCGUGACGGGCAGGAGGCCGAUCCGCUUGCACGGAACGUAACCGUCCGUUACAAACUCUCCAAAGCACAGAUAUUACAUCACACUCGCCGUACAGAUGCGGUUCUCGUCUUGUGCAAUUCUCACAAACGUAUCGCAGGAGCUUUUCCAACAAUUCUCACAAACGUAUCGCAGGAGCUUUUCCAACGAUGCCGUCCGAGCUACAGGCCAUUUAUCCGUGGACGAAGUCCCCCCUCAUAACAAGCGCGCCCAUGCGUUUGAUAGCCCUCUCUAAGCUGUGCGUCGAAGUCAGCAAAGCCGGCGGAAUAGGCUUCCUUGGCUCCGGCAACGACCAAACGAAUCUGGAGGACGAGCUUCAAAAAGCAGUGGACCUGUGCAAGGCCGCAAGCCUGCCAACGUCGCCGGUGCUGCCGAUCGGCGUGGGCUUCAUCAACUGGGGAGCGGACCUGGACGAGGCUGCUCGGUGCGUCGAGAAAUUUAGGCCCUGUGCCGUUUGGCUCUUCGCCCCAAGGAACCUCGAGAACCUGGUCAAGUGGACAGACACCUGUCGAGAACGCACGGGCGGGGCCACGCAGAUCUGGAUCCAGGUGGGCAGCGUUGACGAGGCGAAACGCGCUGUGGCGGCGUGCCAUCCAGACGUGCUAGUCGUGCAAGGAGGCGACGCAGGCGGCCACGGCCUCAACAAGGCCGCCUCGGUCAUCACGCUGGUCCCCGAGGUGGUCGAUGCGCUGACGGGCAUGAAGAACAGCGGCGAAAUCAGCAAAGUGCCUUCCGUCAUUGCCGCCGGUGGCAUUGCCGACGGGCGUGGACUGGCAGCGUCGUUGGCGCUGGGCGCGCAGGGCGUGUGCAUGGGAACUCGCUUCCUUGCGAGCACAGAGGCCGUCGUUGCCAAAGGCUACCGCGACGAGGUGAUUCGCGCAAGUGACGGCGGACAGACGACGAUUCGUUCGUCCGUGUACGACAAGCUGCGUGGCACGACCGAGUGGCCGGAUCAAUAUGGCGGGAGAGGCGUUGUCAACAAGAGCUACCACGAUGCUGUGAGCGGCAUGGACUGGGAUGAGAAUAUAAGACUGUACCAGGAAGCCGUAAAGCUCGGCGACGCUGGAUGGGGAGCGGAGGGAAGGAUGACGACGUAUGCCGGUACCGGGGUCGGGCUCGUGAAAGCCGUCCAGAAUGCCGGCGACAUCGUGAAAGAGGUGCGCGAAGCUGCGGUAACGAUCCUAGCUGAGUUGCACAAAGCGUAGUACUAUACAUAUAGGGGCUUCAAAAGCCACUUUCAGUGAGCCCGCGUUCCUUCACAUAAGUCAUAAUUGCGCUCAAGGGUAUCAAGCAUUCUUCGUCAAAUUCAUAGCUCGAGCCUGCCGAAGCUCAC